GGAGUUUGAGUGCAUGAUGACCGAAUGUGCAUGGGGUUUGAAGCUAUGGAUACGGACCCCUUACCCAGCAGUGUAUAUAUGGGCCCAGCUGUCCCAGAUACAGAUAUUAACUUCUGCGGUCCAAUGUGCCACCUACACUAAUUGUAAUAGUUCCACAACCACUUUGACCCAACUGGCUGACUGUAAUGAAGACCUUUAUUGGAUUUCUCAUCACACUGACUGUGGCCUACUCCACAAGCAGGAACACAUGUGAAAUAUACCCUGACCCUGAAUUAGGUGGUAGCCGUGUUGACUGCCGCAGUCUCAACUUGCCCAAGGUUCCUGGUGAUCUGCCCUCCAACACCGUCAGCCUGGACCUCAGUGACAACCAUAUACCAGUUCUGAGGAGCCAGGCAUUUAUUCACAUCCCACAGUUGUUGAAUUUGAAAAUUGUGGGUAGUCGAGUUUCACGGUUGGAACCACACGCAUUUGAAACUUUGAUAAACCUUCGUCGUUUAAACCUAAAUUACAACCACCUCCAACUGGACAAUGGGACCUAUCCCCAAGACAUAUUCCGUCCUCUGGAACGUCUUACAGGUUUGAGUAUCGGCUACAACAACUGUCAGUUGAAAGGUAAUACACCUCAUUGGAUAUUUAAGUGGCUGAUAAAUUUAGAAACACUAACAAUUGACACAUUUGAAGAUGACAUAUUUGGAAGUGGAUUUGGGUAUUUAAAAAUAUUGACAACAUUGAAUAUUGGCACUGGAGAUAACGAUGAAUGUAGGUAUUGUGCCAUAGAUGCUAUACAUAACCACACCUUUUCAGCUUUUGAAAAUUCAACUCUCCAAGUCUUGAUUGCAUCAGAUUGUCAUAUUCAUCAUGUGGAGGCGGGAGCUUUCAUUCCUUUGAAAUCUAUUUCUAAGCUAGUUUUUGAAAGCGUGAAGUAUCUACCAUCUUGUAAAGCACUACGUGCAUUCUAUGGUCUUAAUGGUAAACAUGUAUGUCACGUUUUACUGUCGUCAUCAUACAGCUCUGUAACAUCACUAUCAGACCUAAAAGGUCAACUUAUCUCUAACGGAAUUCUCAAUAAACUAACGGAUAUUUGUAUCGAGCAUAUCGAUCUCAGCUCAAACACGAUUAUAUACAUAGAUAAUAGUUUCCUGAAAGUAUUUUCAAAAUGUUUGAAGUAUCUAGACAUUUCUAAAUACAGUCUGCUUGGAAAUCAAUUGAUAUUCUUUGAAAUGAAAAUGUGUAAACAAUUACAAUACAUCGAUGUAUCACAGCAGCAGAAAUACAACAAACAUGAUACAGAGACAUUGGAGAACUUAUUGCUCAUCGCAAACACCCAUUCUGAAAAAUACCAUAGAAAAGAUGUUUCGAACUUAAGUUGGAAUCAAAUGGUUCCUUCAAACGAUUACACCUUUUAGAGAUAGUAGGAAAUCACAUGCAGUGGAUGGACAUGCAAUAUCUACGGACAUUGAAAUUUCUGAUUAUCUCAAGAAACAGUCUGGUGUCUUUACCGUUUACGCAUAAUGACAUGCCUGACCUUAGGGUUCUGGACCUAUCUCUAAACGCUAUAACCUAUUUUGACGAUGAUACGAUGGAGCUGUUGGAGACUCUAGGAGAGAGGAACAAGCUGAUACUGAAGCUGGAUGGUAACCCUAUCUCCUGCUCCUGUCAGUCACUCAUGUUUAUUCAGUGGAUCUUUACAUCAUCAGUUACUUUCGACAGGAACGGGAGCUACUCAUGUGUGACUGAGUACGGUGUCCUUGCAACAACCGACACAGUUUACCAAAAGUUUAACUAUCACUGGACGUCGUGUCAAGGUUGGUUCUGGCUGCCAGUGUCCAUCAUUCUGAUGUGUUUUACAGCUCUUCUUCUUGUGUCUGCAAUACUGGUUUCAUGGAACGGGACAAAGAUCGGAAAUCGUAUUCUGGUCCUCAUGGGUAAAGGGGUCCAGAGAGUGUUGAGGCAGGACUUUAGCAAGGAUGCUUAUAUAGCUCAUUUAGAGCAGGACAUUGAGUUUGUUAUGCAAGAACUACGCACCGUACUGGAGGAGAGACAUGAACUGAGACUAAUCCUCCCAGACAGAGACUUCCUUCCAGGUUCCUUCGUGGCUGACAAUGUUGUAGAAAGCAUUAACAAAAGCUGGAAGACAGUAUUGGUUGUGUCAGAUGAUUUUCUAGGUGAUCCCUGGUCCUACUUUAUCAUGAAGUCAACAACGUACUACAUCUCUAAUAUGAACCCUAACAGAGUGAUCCUACUGCUGGUGGGUGACGUGAACCACGGCCGACUGCCAGAGCUGCUCCUGAACGUGACAGCGGAGGAGGACAUCAUUGAGAUGGAAGAACUCCCUGACCCCAACAGUGCCGUGUGGCUACGUAUCAGGGACAGGAUCCUUGCGAAAGCAUUCUGACAUACAAGAGUAUAACGCCUUGUGUGUGAAUUUGGCUUCAAUCUCAAGAUACCUUUGAGUAAAUGAUGUUUCAACCGUGUCCAAACCCUUCUGCCUUCUGCGUUGAAUGAAGGAAACAAAUUCAGUGUCAAUCCUGUCUUCAUUGACAUCAUAGUUUCUAAUAGACACUUAAAGGUAAAUGUGAGAUUUACCGGUUGUGAGAAUGUUCGGUGUUUAUGUUCCUAAAAGGAAUGUAACUGCUCAAGUCAGUAUUCAUCUAUACGUGUAGUAAAGUUCUUGAUCGUAUUAGAAUAUAUGUCCAUAUCAGUAUAUAUGUCCAUAUCAGUAUGUAUCUAUACCUAUAAUAUUCGCGUCACACAGAUAUAAAGAGGUUAUACUUUUUCCUAUAUUAUCAGAUAUUACUGUCAAAAUUACACAAUUUGAAAUUCAAGAGCAUUGUUAAACAUUAAACUACCAAGUAAGAAAGCGUGCGUUGUCUUACAGUGUCUUAAGGGUGGGUUUU